CAAACUAAACGGCUGCCUCCGACAUUCCAACAGAAGGCCCCAAAAUCUUGGAGAGAGGAACACACACACAUACUCUUACUGAUAGGCUUUCUAACACAGAGACUCUGGAAUGGAUUUGCCCUGAGUUGACUGCACACUGCAGUGUAAGUUAACCAGCGCCAGAAUGCCCAUCUUCAAGAAACUGCCCAGGAGGUUCCUAAGUAACCACAGCAACGGAGAUCUCAUCCAAAAGAGUAACCUUACAAACGGUGAACUCAUCCUAAAAAGUAACUGUAGCAACGGGGAUCUAAUUUUGCCACCAUCCGAUCUGAAUACAUUUGAGGGGGCGUGGGCAGGUAUGGGGUGGAGUAAGGAAGAUGGUGGGGGUUGGGAGAAUGAGCAGGGCUACCAAACAUCAUCUCAGGUGAGUGAGGCACAGGAGAAUGAGGCAAACACAGAGCAGCAUGGAGGGUCAAAGGUCACUAAGGGAUCAAAAGAAAAGAGAACUCUGGAACGAAUCUGUGGCUCAUCACCAUUGAAGACACUUGGGAAGUUAGGCAAGGGGCUUCGUAUAACAGGAAGAAACGUGUGGGGCGCUACGCCUUCUCUCCGGAGUGCCACCCUCCCAGCAACACCCUCCUCAGGAAAGAAGAAGAACUAUCAACGAGCCUCAGAGGAGAUAUUGUCCUUACUUAGACUGGCAAGUCGUCGAAAGGAGAGUGAAUGCAGAGACAGUCUACCUGCAGGAGAUCUGACCACUGAAAAUGAUGAGGACACUCAUAGACGGCCCUCAUUCUUACAAAUGGUCAGUCUGAGUAAGCUUAGAGGAGAUUCACUAACAAACUGCAGCUCCCAGGAGGACGAGCAAGAGAUCGUAGAGGAAGAUCAGCCAGUCAAACGCAGGGAGCCACUGUCAGUGUUAGAGAUCCUGCAGUUAGUCAAUCAGAGAGACCUGCUGCUUGCAGACACCCAUAUCCAAGAACUCGAGCGGGAGUGUGAACUUGAUCCCUCCUCCUUGACAAAAACCACACCCACCUCAACCACACCCAGCAAUAUAACUCCUCCCUCACUGACCUUGCCUCCCUGGUUCCCUCUUUGGGCUGGUUCAGGCAAUGAGGAUUCUGGUCCAAGCAUGCGGGAUGCUGGUCUGCGUAAAGUGAAAGACGUAGAGCUGCUUUACGAGGCCCUUCAGAGAGAGAUGUGGGAUGUGGUGAGGGAGUCACUACGUCAGCCCUGCACCGGGCCACAGCUUGGCCUUGUGGUGCUGGUCAUACAACAGGAGGAGCAGGCUGACAAGGUCUGGGCCUUUCACCAAGAGGCCCAGUCCAACCUCCAAGCUGGUGACCAUUCCGAAGCUCGUUCUGUCUUGCAUGAGGGUGCCCGACCCUCAAAGAGACCCAGGAAACUGCAUCAAAGGUGGGUGGAGGCUGUCAGGGAGGCAGCUGACUGGUGUCUUCCUCAGCCAGGUGGCAUUGCUGCAGGGCAGAUGGGCAUGUAUUUGGAGCGUUUGCGGGGCAGGGUGGUGGAGGAUAUGGAUGCAGCACGUCGGAAUGUGGUGGCCGUUUAUCCUGAGGAGUUCAGCGUGUUUCAGGUCUACAUGCAGAGUUAUCACAGGGCUGUAGCAAAGAGACUGAAGACCAUCACUUGUGGGCCCAUUCAGAUCACUGACACAUACUCACUGCUGGACUGGAUCUACAACAUUUACAACAGGGACGUCUUGGCUACAGUUGGAGCAAUGGGCACCAUAGUGUGUGAAGCUCUAGAUCCUCUCCUGCCUGAAGAUGUCAUAGACCGGCUGGAAGAGGGCUGUGUUGACACUGUUUGGGAGAAGGUGACUACAGAGCUCUCUCAGGUUUUGGAUGAUGAAGAGAAGCGAUGGGCUCAGACGCUGCACAUUGAAGAGUAUCAGUCUGGUUUCGCUUGUUCUAUUAUACAGAGGGUGAAGGUAGAUUUGGACAGAUCAACAGCUGUCAGUCAGCCAUUUGGGGCUCGUAUUGCUCGAUGCACCUUGAAUGGACUUGCAGAUUUCUUGUACAGUUUCCAGAGAAAGGUUGAGAUGUUCCAUGACACACAGUCAGAGUUUGGAGAUCGUGGGGAUGGACAUGUCUCCAGGACGAUCGCUCUUGUCAACUGUGUUCCACCAUUCAGGAGUUUUGUGGAGCGCUGUCGUCUGUGUGACAAUCUUGGCAGUGAGGACGUCUCCAAACGAGCUCAUUCCUCUCUGGAGAGAAUUGUCAAUCAAUCAGUGCAAGUUCUCGCUGACAUACUGUUUGAACACAUCAGGCCAUUCUUUGAUAAGCUGGUGAAGAGGAAGUGGCUGGAUAACACUGAGGCCUAUGAGAGCAUUGAGGCAACCAUAAAACAGCACUUUAAAAAAUUCCGCAGAAUGGACUGCCCUCCAUAUCAGACAUUGGUGAAUGAGGUGCAUAGGCGGGUCCUAGUUGAAUAUGUUCGUGCCAUUAUGAGGGGGCGGGUCAUCUGUACAUCACUCAAAAUGAGGAAGAGAGUGGCAUUCCGUCUGCAAGAUGAAGCCAAACAGCUGAAGGCUCUUUUUAAGGAUCUGGACUCAACUGCCUCCUGGUUGGAGAGUGUGAUUAUUCACCUGGCUGACAUCAUAGUUUUGGAGGACACUCCCUCGAUUCAGAUGGAAGUUGGGGUUUUGGUGAAGGAGUUUCCAGAUAUUCGAAGGAGACAUAUAUCUGCUGUGUUGAAUGUCCGUGGGAUGGUGCAUCAGACAGAUCGUCAGGAGAUUCUAGCCAUUGUCCAGGACUUAGAGACUAGCGACAGCUCCUUUAAUCUGCCCAGAGAUCAUGCCUUUUUCUCUGAAAUCGCAGUGGCCAAAGACAUGCCCUGUCUGGGGCUGGUUCUGAUCCGUUGCGCACUGACUGUGUCAUCGUGGGUCGCCAGUGCCCGACCACACCGUGAACGGAGAACAAGAAACCAGACUGAGAAGCAUGCAGACAACAGACUGCGGUCAAACUGAACAAAGCAUUUUACAGAGCCUUAAACUUAAUGACAUCCAACAUACAGUGACUGCAAUGCAGAGCAUCUUAAACAACAUUAAUAAACAACAUCACAACAAAUACAACAUAAACAGAUCAAUGUAACAAUGAGCACACAACACCAAAAGACUGCAGGUUUGUGGAUACAACGUAAAAGUAGUUGGCGCAAAAUGCAAAUCAGAUAUUUGUCUCAAACUAGGUCAAUGUGGACAGAAUAUCGCCAAAGGGGAGUAUAAGAUAAGUUUAUGGCAGUACAAGUAAAAUCACAACAAUGCUUGUCCUUCAGAACACAGCUGCAGCUGAACAAGUCAGUGUACGCUUGUAAACUUGAGAGGAAGACAGGAAAAUGUCUAUAAUUCUUUAAACAGGCUGUUAGUGGCUGCUGUGUUUUGACUAGCUGGAUCGCUGUUGUGUGAACAGCCAGAAGAUUUGAGAGGAACGGCAGGAACCUAACCUAUGGAGAGUUGGGACAUGAAGAAAUUGAGUCAUUUUAUACUUGUACAGGCUUGUUCAAGAUUGACUCUAAAUCACACGACAAAGCAAAGGCAUGUACUGUAUAGGAUGUUAUCAGAACACCAGGUACAGUUCUACAAUUCAUAUACAACUUGUAAGUUUGAAAUUACAUGUUAUUUAGAGAAGAGCAAACAUUAAAAUGGUUUAAACAUUGUUGGUCUGUGACAUUUAAAGAACAUGCUUCUUUUUUUGUAUUAAUGUUUAGGAUUCUGUUAAUCUAAUUUUGAGUUUACUGAGAUUACUGAAAAAAAUCUUACAUGUCUGAAAAUGAAUAUUUGUGAUAUUGUUUCAGUUUCAGAUAAAUAAAUAAAGACCCAUUGACUGGGAAAUUAAGUAAA